AUGGGUUAUCCCCUCCAAGACGUCAUGGCCAAGGUCAAUGGUGCUGAAGUGUUGCCCCCCUCGGCUGCGAAGGAGCAACUUAAGCAAUAUGCUUCUGCUGAUGGUCUCAGCGUCUCGGAGCUUAUCGACUCUCGUGCUCACGGUGGUUUGACCUACAACGACUUUUUGGUGCUACCUGGCUAUAUCAAUUUUCCUGCUUCGAAGGUGGAUUUGCGCACUCGUGUCACCAAAAACAUUGUGCUGCACACGCCAUUUCUGUCGAGCCCUAUGGAUACGGUUACUGAGGUGAAUAUGGCUAUCUCUCUCGCUCUAAUGGGCGGCAUGGGUGUGAUCCACAACAAUAUGUCGGCACAGGAGCAGGCUGCCAUGGUUCGCAAGGUGAAGAUGUUUGAGAAUGGCUUUAUUACAGAGCCAAUUGUGCUCAGUCCGAAUGAGACGGUGGGUGAUGUGCUUGAGAUCAAGGACCGUCUUGGUUUUGCUGGUAUUCCCAUCACAGAGUCCGGCUCGCUUCAAUCGAAGCUUGUAGGUAUUGUCACGGCGCGCGACGUGCAGUUCCGUGACGCUUCCACGCGUCUUUCAGAUGUGAUGACGACCGAUCUUAUCACCGCACCAGUGGGUGUGUCGCUCGAAGAGGCGAACCGCAUCUUGCGCGACAGCAAAAAAGGAAAAUUGCCCAUCGUCGACCCCCAGGGCAACCUGGUGGCGUUGCUUGCUCGCUCAGACUUGCUGAAAAACCAGGACUACCCCCUGGCGUCGAAGCUUCCUGAAAGCAAGCAGCUGUACUGUGCGGCUGCCAUUGGCACACGCCCCCACGACCGUGAGCGCCUGGAUCUACUGGUCGAGGCGGGCCUUGACGUGGUCAUUCUCGACUCGUCGCAAGGCAAUUCGGUCUUCCAGGAGGAUAUGAUUCGUUGGAUCAAAUCCAAGUACCCUACAUUGCAAGUGGUGGCCGGCAAUGUGGUGACUCGCGAGCAGGCGGCGACCCUGAUCGAGGCUGGUGCUGAUGCGCUUCGUGUGGGUAUGGGCAGUGGUUCGAUUUGUAUUACGCAGGAGGUCAUGGCUGUGGGUCGCCCUCAGGGCACCGCUGUGCGCCAAGUCGCCGAGUACGCGCGUCGCUUUGGCGUACCGGUAAUUGCCGACGGUGGUAUCCAGAAUGUGGGCCACAUUGCGAAGGCGCUGUGCCUGGGCGCUAGCGCCGUAAUGAUGGGUGGUUUGCUCGCGGGCACCUCGGAGAGCCCGGGUGAAUACUUCUACCGCGAGGGUCAGCGACUGAAGGGCUACCGCGGUAUGGGCUCGAUUGAGGCCAUGGAGCACCAGAGCAAGAAGCGCAAGCGCUUUGACGGAGCUACUGGUAAGGGUGCCGCCAAGGCAGACGAGAAGAGCACUGAUGUGUCGGCCGAGAAUGCUGCUACACAGCGUUACUUCUCUGAGAGCGAUGCGGUCAAGGUGGCGCAGGGCGUUUCGGGCUCUGUGCAGGACAAGGGCAGCGUGAAGAAGUUCCUGCCGUACCUGUACACGGGUCUGCAGCACUCAUUGCAGGACAUGGGUGUGGAAAGUGUCGACGCACUGCGUGAUGGCGUCGCUAAAGGAACUGUACGCUUUGAGCUGCGCACGGCCAGCGCCCAGCUUGAGGGUGGCGUCCAUGGUCUGGCCCACUACGAAAAGCGUCUUUUCUCGUCGUAA